ACAAGGACUCUAUGGGUCGAGGUACGGCCAUACCGGAUCUCCCCGAGGUGCAGCGGGUUAAACAAACCCAGAAACACAUCAGCUCGGUCUUGUAUAAAGACAGUUCAGCCAAGGGAACUCCUGUGGUGUUCACUCCAGAGAUGGAGCGAGUCAAAAGGAACCAAGAAAACAUUAGCUCGGUGCUGUACUCUGACAGUUUCCGUAAGCAGGUCCAGGGCAAAGCCGCCUUCGUUCUGGACACACCUGAGAUGAGGCGCGUCAGGGAGACCCAGCGCAUCAUUUCUGGAGUGAGAUACCACGAGGACUUUGAGAAGAGCAAGGGCAGCUUCACCCCCACCACCUCUGAUCCGGUGACAGACCGCGUGAAGAAGAACACUCAGGACUUCAGCGACAUCAGCUACCGCGGCAUCCAGAGGCGCGUGGUGGAGAUGGAGAGGAGACGCGCAAUGGAGCACGACCAGGAGACCAUCACCGAUCUGCGUGUCUGGCGCACAAACCCUGGCUCUGUGUUCGACUACGAUCCUGCUGAGGACAACAUCCAGUCCAGGAGUCUGCACAUGAUGUCAGUCCAAGCUCAGCGUCGCAGCAAGGAGCACUCCCGCUCCACCAGCGCCCUGAGCGGUAUGGCUGAUGAGAAGUCUGAGGUGUCCCAGGAUGCCGACCACCACAUGUCCCUCUACAGCAACGGCUUCAUGGCCUCCUCCAUCAACUACCAACAUGCUAAAACUGUGGAGCUGCAGCAGAGGUCAUCAUCAGUGGCUACCCAGCAGACCACAGUGUCCUCCAUCCCCUCUCACCCCUCCACCACCGGGAAAACUGUGCGCGCCAUGUACGACUACGCUGCUGCCGACAAUGACGAGGUGUCCUUUAAGGACGGAGACGUCAUCGUUAAUGUGCAGUCCAUUGACGAGGGCUGGAUGUACGGCACCGUGCAGCGCACCGGCAAGACCGGCAUGCUGCCUGCCAACUACGUUGAAGCAAUUUAAAGACACAACCCGCUCAUUGUCCCUCCGGAGUGGGCGAGACGCAUCCACCGGGCAAAACUGAUUGGCCUUCUUGUGAUCACACCUGUGGCUUUGUGCAAUGUGUAGCUUUUAGUUUCUGUGACUGUAUUUAAAUUGUGCUGUUUUUCUCGUCGGCAAGUCUGUAGUCAUUCAUACGCUGCUACCCCACCGGUGCCUGUGGAAGUGACAUAAGCUACAUGACACGACACAUAUAAAUAUUUCUGAUUAUUAUACAUAAUGUGCCCACUCUGAAUGACAGACUGUUCUGAGAUCUGAGACACACAAGACUCACCAACAUACAGCCUGGCCCAUUAUUUUGUACAUUGCAAAAAUAUUUAAUAUCCAUUAUUUAAUAGAACGGAGGAUUUUCUCCUAAACACAAAAAAGGGCUCAAGUAGCUCCAUUUAUGCCUUUAAUGGAGGUUCAGUGGAGAGAAAAGAAAUAAUGAAACUUAUAAGGAGUCAGUCACCAUCUACCUCCUUUAUGAUUAAACCACUCCUAAAGAGUUGUACGAGACAAGCCUCAGUCUUCCCUCCGAUGUAACGAAGGCUGUCCAUUAGUAGAAUGUGUGUUUUGUUUCUUCCGAUUAUUUAGGUCCUGGCUAAGGCGUGUCCUCUACCUUUAAUCAGUAGUUAAUAAAGCACACCAAGCUCCUGCA